AUGAUCGACAUUUCGUUUCAGCGAAACCAAUUCGAGGUGGUUCCGACCUUGGUUCCACAAACUUUGGCGAGGGCCCUUAAAUCCCGAAUCAAGGUGUUGUCUGCUGGCACAGCUCGAGGGUUACCUAAACUUCAUACAUUACCCGUCUCUCAGAUGCUUGAGACACACUUAAGCAGUUUUGACCCAAUAGGCGAGGAUGCAGAGGCUGAGAACGCAUUUUACAUUGCUGAUCUAGGCGAGGUGUACUGUCAGCACUUGCGCUGGAAAGCUCUUCUACCACGCAUUGAACCAUUUUUUGCCAUGAAGUGUAAUCCUGAUCCAAUGGUGAUGCGCCUAAUGGCCUCUUUAGGUAUCGGGUUCGACUGUGCUUCCAAGAAUGAGAUCCAACAAGUUCUGGAUAUGAACGUGAACCCAUCCAGAAUCAUUUUUGCCAACCCUUGCAAGCAGGACUCGUUUGUCAAAUAUGCGUACACAAACAAGGUUCGCAUGAUGACCUUUGAUAACACAGAAGAGCUUCAUAAAAUUAAGCGAUCCCAUCCAGAGGCUCAGUUGGUUCUUCGUAUCCUUACCGAUGACUCCAAGUCACUGUGCAAGUUAGGACUCAAGUUUGGAGCGCCCCUGGAUACUACAAGAGCUUUGCUUCAACUAGAUGUCAUUGGAGUCAGCUUCCAUGUAGGAUCUGGAUGCUUUGAUGCGAAUGCCUACGGUGAAGCUGUCGUUCGCGCUCGCCGUGUAUUUGACGAGGCCAAAGAGUAUGGUUAUGAUUUCAAGUUUUUAGAUGUCGGUGGAGGCUUCCCCUCGUCCAACGUGACUGAAGGAAUCACUUUUGAGAAGAUUGCCAAGAUCCUAGGGCCUACAAUCGACGCCCUCUUUGAGCCUGAAGUUCGUGUGAUUGCCGAACCCGGUCGCUACUAUGUUGGAUCAGCUUUUACGCUGGCUACACAGGUCAUUGCUCGCCGUACUAUUCGCUCCAACAAUAAUGCGGAUGUACAAAAGGAUGCUUCAAAGGACCCCUCGCAUAUGUAUUACAUUAACGACGGCGUGUAUGGGUCCUUUAACUGUACUAUGUUUGACCACCAGGUCUGUGAGCCCCGGGUUUUGCUCCGGAACGGUGAGUUUGCUUAUCGAGAUAAGCAGCUUUUGCUGUUGGGCGACGCGAUCCCCCAUGGCUACGCCUCCGUCUGGGGUCCAACAUGCGAUAGCAUUGAUUGUAUCACAUCCAAGGCAUAUUUGCCACUCUUGGAGGCGGGCGAUUGGCUUUAUUUUGACAACAUGGGGGCUUAUACCAUUACUGCGGCUUCUCAGUUCAAUGGGUUCAAGAAAAGCAAGGUUCUCUACACCACAACCGAGGACAAAGUGACCUAUUUUUUCUAG